GAAAGCUCGAAAAGCCGUCUAAAACACCGAUACGUGCCGAUACGUUUUGACUGAAGAAGAUACGUACUCCGUCAGUGACCUAAGGACGCGCAUUUUUAUAUCCUCAUUGCCUGGAGUUUAUUUGUCAAUGCUCCAUCUUUUUCCAUCAAACCCCCCUUAGCUUUUUGGAUCUAACAUUUUUCCUACAAAUCUGCUGUCCACAUAACAAAAAAAAUACCCUACUCCGCGUUCACACUCUGGAGCACCCCUCCCGCAGAAUCUGGUGGAACAAAUCAAGUGCUGUAGUUUCAGCUGCACACAAAGUUCUACACCACUAACCAAUCGCUUCAUAGUCGUUUUCGCAGUUCAUGGUAAUCUGUGGGUUCUUGGACCUCAAAACUGUUUGGUAUUUGCAAAAUUGGAAUACGGGAUUCCCAAGGGAGCGAAGAUUGGAGGAAUAAUAUCGCUAAUUCAUCAAUACUGAGAUGUUCAAUUCCGUGCUGCUGCUUCUCUGCUCGGUGGCGAUACUGGUUUCAGGCAUUAAGGAGGAAAAUCCUAAAUCAAUCGUUACUGCAAAAAACAACUUCACUGCUAUAGAAAAUGAUAGUCUCACUGGAGCACUUGGAACUACCCCAUCGCUUCCAAUUUCUACAGAAUCUCAACCAUCAACUUCUAAAUCGGCGCCAACGACGACCACAACAACAUCAAGUCCCCCAACAUCGAUAAAACCACCAUCUCCACCAACACCAGUGCCGCCUCCAGAAACAAAAAAAUGGAUAGUUAAUGGGACCACAGACACUUGCAUUAUAGUUCAAAUGGCUCUCCAAUUCAAUGUAUCAUACAUCACGAAAGAAAACCAAACGUUGAACAAGGUAAUGGAUCUACCUGCCAAUUCUUCUGUUAACGGUGCGUGCGGUUCUCCAACGGAUAUGGAACAAAAUAUUACUCUGUCGUGGCACUCGGAUAGCGCAAAAAACUUGCCCAAUAAUCUAACGCUCCAUUUUGUCAAGAACAUCACUAAACAUCAGUUUACUCUUCACCUUUUGGAAGUAUCUUUUGCACACGAAGAAUUCCCUGACAUCACGAGCAAUUUAACAACGCUUGUACACAAAAGCGAUCAGUUUACAACUGGACUCAACAACUCGUAUCGUUGCCUAAAGAUCCAAGCUUUGAACCUGACAAGUUCAGAUAACCAAACUUACGGCCAAAUCAAAGUAUCGGAUCUCCAAUUCCAAGCUUUUCACCUCGACCAUACUAUCAGUUUUGGCUAUGCUGAAGACUGUGCCUUUGACACACCUGACAUUGUCCCCAUCGCAGUAGGAUGUGCUCUGGCGGUUUUAGUGAUUGUGAUAUUAGCUGCAUACCUAGUGGGACGUAGGCGAAGCCAAGCUAAGGGUUAUCGCAGCAUGUAAUCUCGCAGGGAUCGCUUUCCUGUCUAUAAAACAACAAUGAUGCUAUUACCGUCGUUGUAAAUAAUCUUAUUAUCACUACUACUAUUAUUAUUGUUGUUACCAUCAUCAUUAUUAUUACUGCUACUGCUUCUGCUACUAUCAUUAUCAUUAUUGUCAUAUCUUAAACUCGAUCAUCAGUCUUCGAUGCCAUUGAGUUCUAGUACUUACAGAUUACUGAUAUAUUGCACUUAUCGAUUACAAACAUAUGUUACCUUCGCAAUAUUUUCUCCAUGUAAGUCUCCAUUGGUGAGUAGUUCAUUGUAGAUGAGACACUUUUCUGACCUUUCUUACGUUAUAUGCAUACAGAAGUGCGUAUCUAGAUUCCACAGUGAGCGCUCGAAAUAAGAGUUUUGAAAUAAAAGUUAUACAAAGCUAUAUUGGGGUGAAGAUUUUGUCUAACAAUUUAAUGAACUGAAAAUUGAUGAAUUUCUGACGCGAAACAACCUUGUAUUGGAGCAUGUUAAGGCACCAUUGAAUUAGGGAUGAAUACGAUGUUUCAUGUGAAGACUGAUAACGGACAAAAUUGUAACGUAAUUUAGAUGUGAUAAAAACAAGUUGGUGGUUAUUAUAAAAUGUAUAUAGUAUAGUUGAAAAGAUUCACCAUUUACUUAUUUUUUAAAUUCAAGGAAUAUAAAGCUCAGCCAAUCGGAAACUUGGAUACGUGUCAAUAAAAAUUACAAGAUAUUA